AUUUUGCGUUGAGAAUUAUUCAGAUCUAAACACUCCUAAUAUAAUCAACAAGAACUGAAAGAUGUUCCCUUUCUUGAAGCAUCUGUCGAGGUCGGUCCACGGCGACGAUGCUCAGUCGUCUCCGGAGCUCAGGGUCGCCGUCUCCUCCGUAGAGACUGGAGGCGCGUGUACCACACUUACGGUGUGGAGAAAAUCGCUUCUGGUGAGUUGCAAAGGAUUCACGGUGAUAGACUCGAAGGGAGAUUUGAUUUACCGGGUUGAUAAUUAUGCCCGAACCCGACCCGAAGAACUCAUCCUCAUGGAUAAAGAUGGCAACUCCGUCCUCCUCAUGCACCGUACCAAGAAGAUUACGAUAAUAGAUAGUUGGGGAAUAUAUGAAGCAAAGGAUACAAAUGGAGAAGCCAAAGUGCCAAAAUGCCCAAUCUGGUACAUGAGGAAGAACCUAAAGAUGAAUAUUCUAAAGACCAAAUCCGACAUUUUAGCGUACGUAUUUUCAGGAUCGUUGGAUAAGAAGAGCUCUUACGUCAUCAAAGGAUCGUAUAGAUGUAAAUCAUGUAAAAUAUUGCACGUCCCAUCGAACCGGACAGUGGUGGAGAUCAAAAAGAAAGAGGUCAAAACCAAAGGAGUCCGAUUCGGGUCAGAUGUUUUUGAUCUGGUUGUUAGUCCUGGUUUUGACACCGGUUUGGCAAUGGCUUUGGUCUUGUUAUUAGACCAAAUGUUCUCUUAA